AUGUCUUGGGCAGGGUUUAAAAAGAAUGUCAACCGCGCCACCACGCAGGUUAUGAUGAAGACUGGUCAUGUGGAGAGAACAAAUGACCGCGACUAUGAGAUUGAAGAACGACGCUACCGGACCAUGGAGGCGGCCGCGAAUCGGCUGCAGAAGGAGGCAAAGGGAUAUUUAGACUCGUUGCGAGCUAUGACUGCGUCACAGAUGCGCAUCGCGGAGACAAUCGAUGCCUUCUACGGCGAUGCCGGAACCAAGGAUGGCGUGAGCCGAAGCUAUAAGCAAGCCGUGGAGGACUUGGAUGCCGAGACUAUCAAGGCUCUGGAUGGACCAUACCGGACCACCGUCCUCGACCCCAUUUCCCGCUUCUGCGCCUAUUUCCCCGACGUCAACGAAUGCAUCAAGAAGCGCAAUCACAAGCUUAUCGAUUACGACUCUAUGCGCGCCAAGGUCAAGAAGCUGGUUGAGAAGCCCGACAAGGAUGCUACCAAGUUGCCGCGCACUGAGCGCGAGACCGAAAUUGCUAAGCAGGCUUACGAGCAGCUGAACGAGCAGCUUUUCAACGAGCUGCCCCAACUGAUCGACCUCCGUGUCCCUUACCUGGAUCCUAGUUUCGAGGCUCUGGUGAAGAUCCAGCUGCGCUUCUGUGCCGAGGCUUACUCGCGUAUGGCGCAGGUGCAGCAGUACCUUGAUGCGGAGACCAGAGACCAGUAUGCCCGUGGUGAUCUUGAUAAUCGGGUUGAGGAGGUGCUACAAGAGAUCCGGGAUUUAAGCAUUGCUGGUACUGUUUAG